GGAAAACCAAAAAAUUCUGAGGAAAACUCUCGGAGCAAGAACGAAGAAACAAGAAAAAAAGUUAACCCGUGUAUGUCAUUAGUAUUGCGAAAUCGAACUCAGGCUUCAGCGACGGGAGACAAGCACUUUCAAGAUUGCGAUACUUCUGCUCCACUAAUUGUGUUUUAAUUUGAUUAGUAAAUCACCUCUUCUCUGUUCACUGAAGGUUUUUGCCUCGUCAAUACGAUCAACAAGAAGUAAUUCAGACGUAGAAUUUGUUUUAUCACAGAGCUGUCAAAACUUACAGGUGUUCUUUUCAAUGACGACACGCCUGAAUUCACCCGGUUGUUCACUCUUUGCUGGCGAGAGUGCCCAAAAUAACUUUUUCGCAAAGCAGGGGAGGAUUAUUGAACUUCCUUUUACCUUUCGUUGCGGAGUUUGAUGGCUUUUUGAUCCUCUUCGAUGUCUAAGUACGUGGAUUUGCGGUUAUGUUCGUUCGAUGGAUGGUUUUGGUACUUCUCUUUUUGCCCUUAGCAUCGAGCGCGUCGGCUCCGCCGAAAUUUGAACAUAAAAAGUCCACGAUGCUGUCAUUUGAUUUACGUAGAAAAACCAAACAUCACAGACAUAGAAAUACGACUGCAGUAACUGCAACGCCUGCACCAACAGCAGACAGCGAUCAAGAGGAAAUGGAAUUUACACUUCGCAGCACCUCCUAUGCUUAUGUUAUCGAGUUGGAUCUAGGCACACCCCCUCAACGGCUGGAGUUUUUGAUUGAUACUGGUUCCUCCAACAUGGCUAUUGCAGGCCCAGAAUGUCAAGAUGAAAUGGACCAUAAGUGUCAAAUAGAGACCUUUUAUCAUCCAGAGAAGUCCAAUACAUCGGUAGAUCAACAUAUUCCAAUCGAAACAGAGUACGGUAAAGGGGCGUGGUCAGGGGAUAUUUAUCUCGAUGUCGUGGCCUUCCCAGGUGAAGGUCCGAGAACGACAGCAGAAUUUGCGGUCAUAAGGCACGAAAAAGACUUCUUCCUCAGAAAUUCCAUAAAUGAGGGGAUUCUUGGCCUGGCGUAUAAAACCCUGGCGACUGAUGAUGUACAGCCAUUGUACGAUCAGCUCGUCCAGGAUAACAAAGUUCCAAAUGUAUUCACUCUAGGGCUGUGUAAUGGAAUGGGUAAACUCUGGCUGGACGCUCCAGAACCGUCGGCGUAUCGCGGGCCUAUUCACUACACGAGCAUUAAUCAAGAGACCUGGUACAGCGUUUCCAUGACAGGCAUUGAUGUUGCCGGCAAUAGUUUAGGUUUUUUACCCCCUAGUUUCUCAGCCGCCAUUGUUGACAGUGGCACAACGGAUAUUUUAUUACAACCUGAGAUUUACGCAGCAGUUAUAGCACAACUGAAGGAGCGUGGUCCUCCUGUUGAUGAACGCUUCUGGAAGAGUUACUGUGUUGACACAGAUCCCUACCAGUGGCCUUACAUUACUAUUUACCUAAAAGAUAUGAUUGGAGGCUCAUUCGGACUGACCGUUCUUGGAAAGCAUUAUGUCAGAAAACAGGACGAGUUUCAUUGCCUCAGUAUUGGUGCCAAACCCUCAGGGGCUGUGUUGGGUGAAGUUGUCAUGGAGGGGAACGUAGUAGUGUUUGAUCGAGCCAAUCAGAGGAUUGGAUUUGCACCGAGUAACAUGUCGCAUCCUGACGUUGGACAAUGUGGGAAUCCUAUUCGUGUAAAUAACACUGUCAAAGGGCGUCUACACAAGUAUUGCCGUGCUCCCAACAUGCCCCAGGAGACGUGUUUUAUGGGUUGCAAGCCUUGUAUCGAAUAUGGUGGCGUGUGGUGCCCUAAGGGUCACGUGGUUGUCUGGAUUAAUGGAGUCAGAUCUGUUCUCAGCACCAAAAGGGGCUUCUGCUGGCCAGGAGGCCUUUUCACCUUAGAUGAUACGAAAGUUCAAACCUUUCUUACGGGACAUGGCAGCGCCGAAUUCCAGGCGUAUUGCGAAUCGUUUGUUCCGAUGUAUAAACAGUGUUCAGUGGAGGGUAUUUGGGUUUUGCUAAUGAGUGGCACGGUUUUUUUCAUCCUUUGUUCACUGUUCUUGUUCGUGAGCUGUCGAGGAAGCAUUAGAGCUAAAUCGAUCAACAAUCGUCAGAAUCCAGGAAAUGACGGCAAAUCUCCAACACACCACAUAGAAAGAUUUCCAUCCAACAGAUGACAUCAACUACUAACAUUUGCUAUAACGAAUGCAAACGUGUCUAUCUGAGCGAACGUUUGGAAAGAGCGGUGAAGUUCAGCUGAUUAACAACACCGUUUAUCAAGAAUUGCGAGCUCAAUAUGAUUGAUGAAAUUUUUUGAAGAAAAAAAAUUGCGUCCUAAGGGUUUUUUUCUUUAGUUAGCUUUUCUACCAAAUUUCAUAUUAAUAUCAGAAAAUGCGCAUCUGUGCACCUAUCCCUCUCAAUUAACCUGAACUUGUUGUCAGUCAACUGUCGUUUGGUUAGGGAGAAGGUGCGGAGCUGCUCGUAUAUUACCAUUGAUCCUAUUCCUUAAUAUUGAAAAUUUAUUGGGGACCUUUUGGAUUUAAUAAAAAACUGGUUAAUCAAAUUACCUUUGAUAUUUCGUAGAUUGGUUUCAAUUUCACCUAUAUCAUAUCAUUGAUGCUGAUGCCUGCAAGCAGGAGUGCUUUUAUAUUUUCUGGUCAAGCAUACAUUGAAUUUUAACGAAAGUCGUUUCUUUCAAGGUUCCAAGUGAUUUGUGAAAGAAGAUGUCUAGAUAUUUUUUUUCAAAUUCAAAAGUUUACAGCAUUUUGGGUUAUUUUUUCUCUCAAUAUUCUGUAUUAUUGUACAUAAUGUUAUUAUUAUUGUUUUUUAAUUGAAUUUAUCUACCCAACAACUCUUGAUUGACGACCAAAUACAAUUGAUUUGUAAGCCUUUCGUCUGCCUGUGUGUCUAUCUGCCUGUCUAUCCGUCUAACAGCCUGUCGGUCGGUCUGUCUGUCUGUUUUUCUAUCUGUCAGUCUGUUUAUCUGCCUGUUCGUCUGUCUAUCUGUCAGCCUGUCUGACUGUCAAACUGUUUCUACAUUUUUUCGUCUGUGUGUCCGAUCGUUUGACCGUUGGAGCUCCUUUUGAAAGUAGUGGUACCCUUACAAAUGCAAAGGCUGGAGUACAAAUAGGAAAGCUUGAACGUGAAUGUUAAGUUCUCUGCUAUCUUGAUAUUUUCUUCAGGCCACGAAAAUAACCAAGGUCCUGCUA